AGUGUUUAGCGUUUACCCAUAUUUCGUGAACGUGAUUUAACGAUAAUUAAAAUAUAUUCUGGCAUGUAAGGUCUGCCGAAGAAACAGAGAACCGAACGUCUAAAUAAAUGUCUUCAGUACCUCGGUUCUUCGGUGCGUGGAGGAUAAUAUGCCUUAAAACUGAGAAGCUAACGCCGACAACUCUGUGGUGGUUGUGGCCGUGUCACCGUCACACGGCUCCGGACGUUGUUUUAGAGCCGGACGAGCAAAAAGGAGUCCGUAUUAACCAGGUAACCAAAAGGCAGAAAAAAGAAAGAUCUUCAUGUCGACCGGUACUGGACCUUUUUGACCAGCAGUACAGUCAGGAACUUGGAAAGUUAUGGGCGUCUGCAAGAUCAGUUCUCCUGAACCCUCACUCCUGGCAAUAUGGGGUCAUGCUUAACCGCUUCACAGCUGUGACAGAUGUCACACAGAUUCUCCAGUCACAGGGCUUUUCCAGGUUGCUGCCUCAAACAGAUGUCUCCACGUUGCUUUCCGAUUCUCCCUCACCAGCGUCAAAUUCUGAAUACCAGACAGGAAAAGACUCUCACUUCAUCUCCAAGUGGCCUCCUGAUGACUCCCAUCCCCAACCUGACAGCACCUCUCAUUCGCUCAGUCAGAACCUUCAGUCAGAGCCGUUACUCAGCUUGCCCCGUCCUUCACUACAGUGUUAUAUCCACCCAUAUCCACUCCGAUUUCCUUCUCAGGCUCAUAGGCCUGGUCAGCUGAAGCAGUACUACCUCCUGAAUGCUGCCUCCCUGCUUCCAGUGUUGGCUUUGCAAGUCAGAAAUGGGGAGAAGGUUUUGGAUCUUUGCUCUGCCCCUGGGGGCAAAGCCUUAGCCAUACUGCAGUGUGCAACCCCAGCGCUUCUCUGCUGCAAUGAACCAGAUCUUCACAGACGGGACUGGCUGACCAAAACUCUGGAAUCUUUUCUGCCUCACUCACUUAACAGCAGAGUGAUAGUGUCUGCACAGGAUGGACGAUGUUUUGGGCAGAGUGAAGCAGUAACAUAUGAUAAGGUUUUAGUCGAUGCUCCAUGUUCUAAUGACAGGAGCUGGCUGUAUUCUUGCAGCAGCCAGCAGGGGGAACAGAGACUGAAGGAAAGAGCCAGGCUGCCUGCGCUCCAGGCUCAGCUGCUUCAGUCUGCACUGUCAGCUGUGCGUCCGGGGGGCCUUGUGGUCUAUUCAACUUGCACACUGUCCAGCUCUGAAAACUAUGCUGUGGUUGAGACAGUUCUGAAUAACUGUCCUGAGGCUGAACCUGAAGACUUGUGGGAGGAGAUUGCUGUUCCUUUAUCCAAAUACUUUGCAUUUACUUCUGCUCAGCCUGGUCAUGGACAGACAUCUCUGGAGCCCUCCCUGCAGCCACAGAAUGGCGCUGUGUCCUCUUAUCACCACAGACUUGGCAUUUUAGUGGUUCCUCAGCCUGGCAAGACCUGGGGACCCAUGUUUUUGUCUCGGAUUAGAAGAAGGAAAUAGUGGGUAUCCUGAGCAAAAACAAUAUGUAGAAACAAAUGGCUGAACAGCAACAUUUCCUUUUGUUAGAUGUGGGGUUUUUAAGAUGCAAAGUGCCUCCUAGAACUGAUUCACACACAGAAACAGACAAACAUACUAAUACACAUUUAACCUGUGCCACUUAUAGAGGAGGAAAGUAAUAGCAGCAGUAGUUUAAACAUGCAGAUACAAACAUUUCAGUGUGGCCACAUGCAGGCAAAGAAAAGUCAUAACUGUUGCAGUUUUAACACUUGGUCACCUGCAAAAGAAUGUUUGUUGCAGCUGCGGUUUUUGCUGUUUAAAGCAGCUGUCUGUGUGUGUGUGUGUGUGUGUGUGUGUGUGUGUGUGUGUGUGUGUGUGCGCCAUGAGAAAACAGAAUAACAAUAGAACAUUGCUGACAUUGUUCAUACUGACCUCCAGUGAUCUGCAUCAAACAUAGACCUCAGGCAACAUAUAUUUAUUUAAGGCAUGUGACAGUGUGAAAGGAGUUGGUCGUAGCGAUUACUUAAUAGAGAAUUAUCCAAAUCUGCAGCUCCUCCUCGCGGCCUCACAGAACUUUAUAGCUCAUUGUUUGGCUGUCCAACCGCAACUUUAUUGUUUUGGUUUACUCUCAUACUGUUGUUUUCAGCCACAGCAGGGAGCUGUUUUCAGUUUAAAAGCUCUAAGUGGAGCAUUAAGCAGCUAAACAGCCAGGUAGUUCCCUUAUCAAUUGGUAGAGACCGAAAACAGAGCUAAAAGUUGUAUUCAGAAACAUGACUCCAAAUGAAUUAUAACGUUGCUUUGAAAUUCCAGGCUAUGUAAAAAAAAAUAAGCAACUUUGGUAACAAGUUUUCCAUACCGACUUAACAGGUGAUAACACGUUAAUGUUGUUUUAACAACUUGUUUCUGCUGACACCAAGAGCCGAAAAAAGUUUUCUGUUUGACUCUUCAGCCCACCACCUUAUUAUUCAUUGUUUUAUGAUUUGUAUUCAUUAUUUAUUGUUCAUUAAAUUAGCUGUCCAAUUAGAUGAAACCGACUGAACUGUUUCUCAA